AUGUCACUCUCUUUGGCACCACGUCAACAACAAUUGUACCGAGUCUUUGUAUUGACACGCAACGCGUCAACAUCGACCGGAGCCAUUCCAGCUCCAGCUCGUAUUCAGCUCAAAAAACCAAACGAACAGGUAAGUGGGGUACUGUAGGUGAAAUGAGAUGUGUAGUUUGGUGUUUGCAACCAGCCGAAUUUACGUUUCUUUUUCGGGAAUUUUUGGUCUUUACUUGAGGUUUUAGUCAAAUGAAAAUCAAAUUUUCAGGGUCAUUUUUCGUAUUCUCGCAAUUGGUCCCGCGACAAGCGCUUCACAAAUGUUGCAAUUCAAAAAGGAGACACCCCAUAUCAAUUUCUCGUUCGUCGUCUCGGACAUGCUUAUGAAGUCUAUCCACUUUUGGUUCUCACCGUCGCCUGGUUCGGAAUCUUCUGUUUUGCUGUCGGAUGGAGUUUUUUGAAAAUCGAAGUUUGGCUUGACAGAACACACACAAAAGCACCAUGGGAUUGGGAGAGAGCAAGAGACAACUACUGGAAACAAUCAACCGUCGUUUUCGAUUUGGACGGUCGUACACGAAAACGUUGCGAGAUUAUGGAAGUUUUGCAAGACGAGAUGAUCGAAGCUGCCAAGAAACGCGGAACUCGCUAA